AGCAUUCCCUGACCUCCCUGUGUCUCCCACUCUACUUACUUCAUUUCAUACUCAGGUACACGCAGCACCAGCGACCAUGAACAGCAUCGCCUUCGUCAUCGGACUGAGCCUGAUAGCCUUGUCCUGCGCCCUCCCGUCCAUCAGGGUGGGGCGUCAGGCGGACGAGGAAACGGGGACACGAACAGCAGCGGAGGAAAGCCUGGGCCUGCCAAGCAACUCCACCAGCAUCCGGGAGUCCAUCGUAGACACGUUCGACUGCAACGGGAGGAUCUACGGAUACUACGCGGAUCAGGACAACGGGUGCCAGGUGUUCCACGUCUGCAUGCCGAUCGUCUAUGCGGACGGGAGGCAGGAGACGUCGCGUUGGUCCUUCAUCUGCCCCGAACAGACGGUCUUCGAUCAGGCCUUCCUCGUGUGCGCCCGACCUGAAGACGCUACGCCGUGCGAAGAGGCUCAGACCUUCUACAACGUGAACGAGAUGUUCGGCGUCACGACGCCACGUUCCACAUGA